AUGACAGCUUACUUGAACCUGGUCAAAGUAUUACAAACCGAAUUCAAAGAAUUCUCCAUCGCCCAAGUCCCAAGAGUGGAGAAUACUCAUGCUGACGCCCUUGCUAACCUCGGCUUAGCCCUUCAAUGUUCUUCCCAGUCAUCCAUCCCUCUUUUAUUCCUACAAUGGAACUGGAAGGAACAAUUAAUAAACAAGUCGCCCGAAGAAGUAAUGGACAUCGAACUGGCCGACUUCUGGAUGACCCCGAUAGUGAAGUACUUGGAACACAAUGAGCUCACAGCCGACAAGAAUGAAGCAUGCCGCUUAAGAGCGAGAGCCGCCAGGUUCACCAUGUAUGAGGGCCAACUCCUUAGGAAGUCAUUCUCUGAUCCCUACCUCAAGGGCAUAAGCCUAGAAGAGGCCAAACGGGUUCUCGUCAAACUCCAUGAAGGGGAAUGUGGAAAUCAUACAGGAGGAUGCAGUCCUGCACACCAGGUGAUCACUACUAGAUACUAUUGGCCAACCAUACAUGCUGAUUCAGUAGCUUAUGUGAAAAAAUGUGACAGUUGUCAAAGGUUUGGGAUAUCGAAGGAAAUCGUCACCGACAAUGGAUCCCAAUUCAUCAAUUCAGGAUUCAGGGAUUUCUGCGACAUGUGGGGAAUCAAGCUAAGUUUCUUUAUCCUCCGUAACCCCCAGUCCAAUGGCCAAGCGGAAUCAUCGAACAAAACCAUCAUGCAGACUUUGAAAAUACGCCUGCAGAAAACCAAGGGUGCAUGGGCAGAUGAACUACCAAGAGUCAUUUGGUCCUACUGA